CUGGCUGUCAGCAGCAGAGCAGAGAGGAGCCGAGCGAGGAGCGAGAGACAAGGCAGGAUGAGGGGAGAGAUGACGUGAAAGUUUAAGAAGACCGAAAGAAAAACAAGAGGAGAAGAGUUCGCAGCGCGGCGGGAGCCAGGAGCAGAAAACACAAAUCUCUUCACCUCUGCCUGCACCGCCAUCUCUUGGAAUGGAACCAGAACUGGAAGCUUGCUGACAGAAUCCUGCAGCACUGUGCAAAGAAUAAAGCAGCCAUUUCUGGAGCAGCUCACUUGGGCAUAAAGCCCAGAGAGGUUUUGAGGCAGAAUGUCUUCUGAAGGCUUUCUCAAGGAAAUGCAAACCAUUGGUGAAAAGUUUCUCAUUAAGCUCCAGAAACUGCCCAAGGCUGACCCAGUGGAGAUUGUGUCCUUCUGUGUGGUUCUUCUGUUUAUUGUUACUGUUCUGCUGCUCAUGAUCAUUGCCUGCAGUUGCUGCUGCUAUAGCUGCUGUAGCUGUGAUGGACAUCCUGACCACAGACGAAGGAAGAUCCAAGUCCGCCCAGUUGCCCAUUCAUGAAAUAAAACAACAAGUGACACAACCAACUUUCCAGGACAUCCAUGGACAUCAUGAUUCAGUCCUAUGGGAAUGCCUUUCUACACUAGCUCACUGAAAAUGGCAAUAACAAUAUUAAUAUGACUCAGAGGACCAGAAAUCACAGUAUGGAAUUCCUUCUUCCUCAGACAGCCACUGCUGGGUUCCAUAGUGUGACCAGAAAGGUAAAACUACUUUACCAUCUCUGUCUCCUGCUUCUGGGGUGGGGGUGUAUGGACACAGGCUGCAGAGAAAACAGACACUUUCCUAGUGACAGCCCUGUAGCUGGACCAGCUAAGGAUUCCCUUUAUGAGCAUGGAGCCACAGACCAAAGGAGAGAACACAAGCACUGCCACAUGCUUGGUGGAACUCACUCUUUCCCUAAGUGCUUAAUCCAGAAGGAUGAUGCUGGGUGCUGCCAAAACCCACGGACACCACUGGAAGAUCCACAGGCCCAGUACACCUUGGAUCAAGCCCAGAUCUGCUUUCUUAAAAGCCACUGGCAAUAGAAACAUUCAGCUGAGGUGUCUCCUGAAAACAAAAAAUUGUGGAUCUAUCCACUGCUCCAGAUGUGCCAGCUGAGACUGAGUACAGCUGGUAACAAACACUCCCUGCUUUAUUUCAUCAGUGUUACAAUGUGAAAUUGUAAAAGAGAACGUAGAUGUGACAUUGCCAAAGAGAAAAAUCAGAUUGUGUGCAAUAUCCUUUGUAAAUAGAAAGUUGAAGGCAAAAGGGAAAAAAAAACACAAAAGAAAACACUUCACUGAUGCUACAGCUUAAUUUGCUCAUUCUGCUGCUAAACCUGCUCCCUCCCCACCUCCUGUGCUCUCCUGUUUCUUGCCAGUGCAUGGUCCUUAUAGAGCACAGGAGAUACAGGGGAUGAACAAAUUCCUGUCCUUACUUGAGGGACCUGUCUGCCUGACUCCCUGCACUGUGUGCAGUUUAUUUUAGUGGGCAUAAACAUUAUGCCUAAGGUAUAAUUAUCAACAUACACAAAGGCAUUUCAGAGGGCUGACAUACAGUAUGGUAACUGUCACUUCAGGGUACACACACAGCAGCUGACAAUAGGCUUUGUGACAAAGCAGAGCCAAGAAUGGGCUGUACAGCUGAAGUUAACAAGUGCAAAUAAAUCCCUUUUCCAUGCUGCAGCCACUGUGUACGUUUGGUUUACACUUUGUUGAACUUCAGAAAUGGACUUAUGUAAGUACAAGGCUAUGGCACAGGCCACAACUUUCACAACAGGGACAGACAAGAACCAUCAUCCCACACCUGGCUCUGUAAGGCACCAGUCUGGCCUUCAGCCCAAAUGUGAAACCAACCACCCUGAUGAGAAGGUGUAAAAUGUUACACAAGUAGAUAAGUCACCUUCUACCCUUGUAUUCCAACUGCUAAGUCUAGAAGAAUCAAAGACCUUACACCUGUCUAUAGCAGAACCAACACGUAGCUAGAGAGAAAAUAAUCAAGUUUAUAAAAGUGGGCUUUUAAAUAAUCUUCGUGCUUCAGAAAGGAAAAAAAAAAAGAGAGAAAACUUUGUAGAAAUCUCUUUUGCCUGAUGCCUACACUCAAAUUAGUAAAAAUUGCAUUACAUCAGUAGUUUCUCAUGUAUUUAAUGCACUUCAUUUUUGCAAAGAAACUA